AUGCACAUGCUACUUCUACUAUUAUUAGUUCCUUGUCUGACAUUUAUUUCAGCGGAUGAUUGUACGGAUUGUGUGAAUUCGGGGAGAUUAUGGUGCUUACAGACUUCUCAAUGUGGAGGCACAACUUUAGCAUGCAACACUUCUAUAACUGUUCCCUUAAAUUGCCCAAGUUUGCCUCGAUUUGCAUAUAACGAUGAAUUCAUGAGAACUGAAAUCAUGGUUCUUACAACUGCAGCUCAAAAUGAAAAUCCUCAAUUGUGCUUCGACAACCAGAUGCCUACUAUGAAGCUGUACAAAGUGACGACUGUCAAUUGCUCAACAAACUAUACUGAUGUGACAUGUAUCAACCAGCUAUUAAAUGGAGCUAUGGAGUAUGGUCUUGAAUCUUAUUACACUGUUACCAACGGAAAGAUUUUCAAAAUUAUCCAAGAUUCAUUCAUGCUUCUUUGGAAUGGAGGAAUGCAGACAGACUUGCGUUACCUGAAAUACAAAUAUCCAAACUUUAAACUUUGGGUGAAUGGCCACUCUCUCGGGUCUGCUUUAGCAUGGGCCGCGUCUGCGUGGGUUGUAAAUAUCGGAUUGUAUAAACCAGAAGAUAUGAAAGUGGUCGUCAUGGGUGCUGCACGAAUUUCAGAUUAUAACUUUGCAGUUUGGCAUACACAGACGUUCCCUUACAAUUUUCACAUCCUCCAUCGAUCCGAUCCUGUCGCCCACACUCCCACAUUCCUUCCCUCUUCUGUUCCUUUCACAACGUUGUUUUAUCCUAAAACGGAAGUUUGGUACAACAACUACAUGAACCAAGGGGACCCAUACCAAGUGUGUCAAGAAGCGGAUGGACCGUUCUGUAGCGGCAGUGUUGACCCAAAAGCGACCCAGUAUAUGGACCAUUUGUACUAUUUCAACAUUGAGUUGCCUGGGGCAGCUACCCUCCAACCCCUUCUAAAGGUUCCCUCUAACCACGCAACGACACUCCGCUAUACCGCUCGGCGCGCGCACAGUUAA